AUGUCUUUUGGUGUAUAUGUGACUGGUGUUCUGUUUCAGACAGCUUCAUUUGUGUCUUUUUUACUCAUCUCUCAUGGUUAUUGCAUCACUUGUGAACGGCUCUCCUUGACCGAACGUAGAACAACAGCUUCACUUGGUUGUGUUUUCUACUUGACGCUUGUUGGUUACCGAGCUUCUGUUCCUUAUUUUGCAGUGCUUCUAAUACUUAACUACAUGAUCUCAUUCUAUGUGAUUUUUCACCAUAUAUCACAAAAUUUAUCGGUAUUACGAGAACAGCUGAGUUUCAUCGAAGAUGAGAAUGUUCAAGCUAUGCAUGAUGCUGUGUAUGCUAAAUAUAUCAUGUUCAAAAAAUUCCAAGGAGCUAUGCAGAUUGUAGCAAUGGCAGAAACUGUAAUCUAUAUGAACAUGGAUAACUCCUCGCAGAAUUAUUGGCUUCGGCUACUAAUUCGAGAAUGGGCUCAGUUCUGCAUUUUCCUCUAUAUUGGUUGGACUUUCAGGUCACAGGACAUGGCACCACGGUUCUCGGUAAUGCCUACACUAAAACCCAAAGACAAUGCAAUUAUUCCUCCGAUUUAUAGCAUGGAAAUGGACGCGAAAACUUUCAAAGAAUUCAGAAGUCAUGAAUGGAACAUUGGAGUGCCAAUGCCGUAUUCAAACUACGAAAGGCAAAAAGAUUCAGUUCUAGUGAUUAUUCAGCAUCCGCGAUAG